AUGAGCGACCACAUCGACGAACACAUCCUCAGCAAGUUCCACAUACUCCAGAAACUGGGCAAGGGUGCAUAUGGCAUCGUCUGGAAGGUGGUGAACAAAGAGACCCAGGAGGUGGUGGCGCUGAAGAAGAUAUUCGAUGCUUUCAGGAACUCCACGGAUGCGCAGAGGACGUACAGGGAAAUUAUGUUCCUGCAUUAUCUUAGGAAGUGUAACAACAUUGUGGAACUUAAGGAUGUAUAUGCUGCAAAGAACGAUAGGGAUCUCUACCUAACUUUCGAGUAUGUGGACACAGACUUGCACGCCGUUAUACGAAUUAAUAUCUUGGAGGAAGUGCACAAGAAGUAUAUUCUGUACCAAAUCAUCAAGGCCAUUCACUUCAUCCACUCAGGCGACCUGCUACACAGGGACCUCAAGCCGUCAAAUGUCCUGCUCAAUGCAAAGUGUAAUAUAAAGCUGGCGGAUUUCGGCCUUGCGAGGAGCAUAGCGCAUGAUGAAAUCACCGAUGAGGCGCCUGUUCUUACUGACUACGUCGCCACCAGGUGGUACCGCGCCCCCGAGAUACUGGUGGGCAGUACCAAGUACACCAAAGGUGUCGACAUGUGGGCGAUCGGCUGCAUCCUUGCGGAACUACUCAUCAACAAACCGCUGUUUCCCGGGUCCUCUACCAUCAACCAACUCUCCAAGGUAGUCGCAUUUACCGGGAUGCCCACCGACGAAGACAUGGAGUCGCUCGGUUCACCAUUCACCGCGAUGAUGAUGAGCUCACUCACGAAAAUUCCGCAAAAACCAAUCAAAGAGUAUCUCCCAAACGCCCCUGAUGAUGCUAUCGACCUUGUCAAGAAGCUACUACAAUUCAACCCAAACAAGCGUAUAUCCACACUCCACGCCCUGAACCAUCCCUACAUCCGGUCAUUCCACAAAUCCAACGAUGCGUUGGCUACGCUACCCAAGGCAGUGAAAAUUCCCGUGUGUGACAACGUCAAGUAUGACGUGGCAAACUACCGCCGGCUCAUAUACAGGUACAUCGAAGAGAGGAAGUCCAGCGAGAGGACGCACAAGGACGAAGUCUCAGCACUGGUACCGGAACACAAGCAGGGGCCUCGUUCACCAGACCCCAGCAAGGAGCCAUCACACACUGUCACCAUAGGAAAAAAUGCCGAUGAAGGUAGGCAUACCAAGUAUACCGCAAACAAGGAGCGGAAUUCCUACUCAACCCAUGCCCUCGGAAACCUAAUUGCAACUCACAAGAACGCAGCAAAACUGAGACCUGUCGCGGAACAACCGGCUCUACAGACACAUGUCGCCCAACCAGCUUCAAGGUUGCCCAUUCAGUCCUGGCGAGGCUUUUUCCAGAACACGUGCGGAUCGAGCGUCCAAAGGAAUACUACUUACAGUCAACCACAGCUGGUGCUGAGGCAGAAACCGCAGCCACAACCGGCACCUGCACACUACCAAUGCAAAGUCAAGCAUCAGCAGGACUCAGGUUACAGUGGCAUGUACUUCUUUUGA